GGGAGUGAUCCACACAGUGACAUAAUAAUUAAUACAAAGUCCUCCAGAGGGUGAAUCCCAUAUGGCGGAUCGACGUGGAGCAGUUCUACUAGCCCUAAUAUUUAUGUCAAUGAUUCAUUUUUCACAUUCUGACACAUUAACAUGUACAUCAUCCGUGACGACCAUAAAUUUGAAUCCUUCAACCGAUCCGUAUAAAACCUACAAAUAUCCUGCAACCGGCCUGUAUCCAAGCACAACGACAUGUCAAUGGUUAAUUCAAGCCACUGAUGCUAGUUCGAGGAUAACAUAUGAAGUCACCAGUGUUAAUGUGGAUUGUGGAGACAGAUUAAUGUUUUAUGACGGGACAUCUUCAAGUGCUAGCGCCAUUGGCGGCUCUGUGUGUUGUUCCUCAUCCUCAAGUUGUGGUUCCAGUAAACCACCACAAACAACAACCGGAAACAGCCUCUUUUUGCAACUAGAUUCCGAUGGGACUGGCAAUUCUUACGAAACAGGAUUUACAGUUACUGUUGUCGUUGGAAAAGAUGAAUCAAAUUGUACAGCGUCUGGGACAUUCAACGUUAAUCUUGCUGCCACACUGACACUGACGUCACCCCAAUUUCCCGCCAAUUAUCCCUUAAGCCGCACCUGCACGUACAUAUACACUUAUUCAAACGGAAAUGUUCAGAUUGAGUUCAUAUAUAUGAAACUGGAGCUAGACAGUGGAACCUGCUUCGAUUCUGUAGAAAUCUUUAAUGGGUCUUCAACUAGUUCCCCCCUUAUUGCCAAAGUAUGUGGAGAUACUGUCCCAGCACAAAAUACCUAUACAUCUUCUGACACAUCUUUGACAGUAAAGUUCAGCAGUGAUAGUCAGGAGACAAGAAAGGGAUUCCUGGCUCGUGUGACACCUGUCGAUGAAAUUGCGACUUCCAGCGGUGAUACUACCGGGAGCAGUUCUACUGCUCAUAUAUCAACUACUACUAAUGCAGUAACGAAUAGCACGAAUGAACCCUCUGCUGUUAGUGAUUCAAACACUACAACGGACAUAACAUCUCCACGUAUUGCUAGUACCACCACAGAUGGUUAUGGAGAAACAACUACUCAGUUACAUGGUGAGAGAACUACCAGUCUUCAAACAGACAAUAGCAGCCUUUUUGUAGGAGAGAGUACCGGUUACAAUGGCGGACAAAUCGCUGCUGGUGUUGUAGUGGGAGUAGUUGUUAUCAUCUUGUUUGUGGUGGGAGGUGUCAUAAUAUUUCAAAAAAUGAAGAAAAAGCGUUCGGUAAAUAGUUCUGACAAUAAAAAGAAUGAAGAUAAUACAAGAGAAAAUGUCAGGCGUUCAGAAUGAAGAGAAAAUCCAGUUAUCAUCUCCUCCAGUCGGAACAAAAUGUGUCACGUGAUCAACAACCUUUAAUCUGUUUUUUGUUGUUGUUAUGUUUUGAAUAAAAAAAAACUAUU